AUGCGUGCCACCACUUUAUUAUCUUCAGUCGUUUCUUUGGCAUUGUUGUCGAAGGAAGUCUUAGCAACACCUCCAGCUUGUUUAUUGGCCUGUGUUGCGCAAGUCGGCAAAUCCUCUUCCACAUGUGACUCUUUGAAUCAAGUCACCUGUUACUGUGAACACGAAAACUCCGCCGUCAAGAAAUGUCUAGACUCCAUCUGCCCAAACAAUGACGCUGAUGCUGCUUAUUCUGCUUUCAAGAGUUCUUGUUCCGAACAAAAUGCUUCAUUGGGCGAUUCCAGCAGCAGUGCCUCCUCAUCCGCUUCUUCAUCCAGCAAGGCCUCUUCUUCUACCAAGGCUUCUUCCAGUAGCGCUUCCUCCUCUACCAAGGCUUCUUCCAGUAGCGCUUCCUCCUCUACUAAAGCUUCUUCCAGCAGCGCUGCCCCAUCUUCUAGCAAGGCUUCUUCCACCGAAUCCUCUUCUUCCUCUUCUUCUUCCACCAAGGCUCCUUCCAGUGAAGAAUCCUCUUCCACUUAUGUCUCUUCGAGCAAGCAAGCUUCCUCCACUAGCGAGGCUCACUCUUCCAGUGCUGCCUCUUCGACCGUGUCCCAAGAAACAGUCUCCUCUGCUCUACCAACUUCUACCGCCGUUAUUUCUACUUUCUCUGAAGGUUCUGGUAAUGUUCUAGAGGCAGGAAAAUCCGUUUUCAUUGCUGCUGUUGCCGCUAUGUUAAUCUAA